GUGAGUUUACUUGCUGCUGGUGUACUUGGUCACAGCUUUGGUUCCUUCACUGACAGCGUGUUUGGCCAGUUCACCGGGCAGAAGAAGCCUGAUGGCUGUCUGGAUCUCGCGAGAACUGAUGGUUGAUUUCUUGUUGUAGUGAGCAAGGCGGGAAGCUUCAGUAGCGAUGCGCUCGAAGAUGUCGUUGACAAACGAGUUCAUGAUGCCCAUGGCUUUGCUGGAGAUACCGGUGUCAGGAUGAACUUGCUUCAACACCUUGUAGAUGUAGAUUGCAUAGCUUUCCUUUCUCUUUCCCCUUCUCUUCUUCUUUCCAUCAGAUGGAGCCUUAGCCUUUCCAGCUCUCUUCUCGCCUUUCUUUCCAGCUACUUUAGGUGCCAUAUCUGUUAAUCAGAAUGGAUGAGAAUGAGUCGCACAUGCUGAAUAUUGCAUUUAUAACAAAACCAACAGGGGAUCAAUUAACAUACGGAUCGAAUUCUUUCAUUUUUCAUUGGUUAGUUUGCUCUAGGUAAUUUCAAAGGUCGCCAUCUGCUUCCAUGUUUAGAAAUAUCAAAUAUCAUUAGAUCUGAUUGGUGCGUUUCGAUCCUAGCCAAAUCUUGCCCGCCGUAUAAACUCUGACAUCUCUUGAUUACCAAGUAACUUUGAAACGAACAAGUCCUUGAGAUACAUCUCUCUAUCUAGCUUCGUUAACAUGUCUGGUCGCGGUAAAGGAAAGGCAAAGGGCACCAAGUCCAAGAGCCGAUCAUCCCGAGCAGGGCUUCAGUUCCCUGUCGGUCGAAUCCACCGUCUUCUUCGCAAAGGCAACUAUGCUGAGCGUGUUGGCGCUGGUGCUCCAGUCUACUUGGCUGCAGUGCUCGAGUAUUUGAGCGCUGAGAUCCUGGAGUUGGCGGGCAACGCUGCUCGCGACAACAAGAAGACCAGAAUCAUUCCCCGUCACCUUCAGCUUGCUGUCCGCAACGAUGAAGAGUUGAACAAACUGCUCGCCGGCGUCACCAUCGCUCAAGGAGGUGUUCUUCCCAACAUCCAGGCUGUUCUUCUGCCCAAGAAGACCGAGAAGAAGCCAAAAGCUUAAACAGCUCCUCCCGGCGUCAAAAAAACCAAACGGCUCUUUUAGGAGCCACCACAUAAUAUAAAAGUCACGACCACUCAGUUGUUCUGUGAUGGAAGUUUCUUCCUAGUCUGUAAUGAGCAUAUUCAUUGAAUUAAAGAAGGCGAAGCCGAUUUAUUAAAUCACUCAUUGAAUACAAUUUAAAUUUAGGAAGAUCGAUCUGUUUGAGGCUACAAUUUCGUUUACAUAUUAACGGCGUUACUCUGGCGGUUAACGCAUCAGUGAGCUACAUACAUCGUGAUGCUGCACACGCUGCGCAUAAAAUAUUUUAGAUUGAAAAGAAUAAAAUGAUGCUUAUAUAGGUGGCAUACGCAAUGAAUUUAUUUUUGUGCAAAGGAAGACCAAAAGAUGGUCCUUUUCCCCUUACCAUAUUGUCAGUAUUCCACAACUAGAACAUAACUCCUGCCCGCAUUUACCCGGCGAACCUGCCAAAACAGCCCAUUCUGUUUAUUCGAAUAUCGCGCGUUUCCACUCUUUGUGCAGAGAACCCUGUCGCCUAAUGGCGUCCGAUGAUCCUAAUGACGCAGGACGCUUGUCGCGACUAAGUCGCUCGUUCAGCCACUUCGCGGCCUAAGAAGCUCGCUCGCAGAAAAAAUUUGGCCCUUCCGAAAGCACUCGGGCCAUUGGCCGCAAAAUAGCUUCCCCCAGAAGUUAACGAUUUUACUCCAAACGUUUCAAGACGCACGGUUGGAGCACCGGACCAAUUGAAACUAUAGGCUAUGCAAUAAUGAACAAUAACAAUGGAUCUUGCUCUUUUGGGAAGACGCUCCUAAGCCUGUGCUUACAUUAUACUAUACUAGGGUUGUACAAAGCGCUAAAAUAUGGGUCCACAAGGAACAGAGCAAACUUUAUUGGCAAUGACUUUUAAAGAUGUGGUGGCUCCUAAAAGAGCCGUUGGUUUGAGUGUGUAGCGUGAAGAUCUAACCGCCAAAUCCGUAUAGAGUACGUCCCUGGCGUUUGAGUGCGUACACCACAUCCAUGGCGGUCACAGUCUUGCGCUUGGCGUGCUCGGUGUAGGUCACAGCAUCACGGAUCACAUUCUCAAGGAAAACUUUGAGAACACCACGAGUCUCUUCGUAGAUCAGGCCAGAGAUUCGCUUGACACCGCCACGGCGAGCAAGACGACGGAUAGCUGGCUUGGUGAUGCCUUGGAUGUUGUCACGAAGGAUCUUUCGGUGACGCUUGGCGCCUCCUUUUCCUAGACCUUUGCCUCCUUUGCCUCGACCAGACAUACUGAUAUGUACACGGUAAUACUGAAAAAUAACUCAAAUUCACGAUGUCUGGGCUUUUAUAUGGCAAAGAAUGACCUCUCCGAAAACAAGACACGCUGCUUGCUCUCUAUUGGUUAGUUACGAUAAAAGUGACAAGGGUCAAGUUAUUGAUUACCAUAUUUUAUACGUGUUCCUCUUUCUUAGCUCUUGCGAGAACAUGUUUAGUAAAUAAAUAAAUAUUCACAACCACAAAAAAUACUUCAUAAACAAUCUCCAGUCAAACAUCUUUUUCGUGUCUAUUUUUAUCUUAAAGGAAAGGAAUCACAGAUAACGUAAAUUCAUACUAAAACUGGCCUAAAAGUAACUUCGGAUCGAACAUCUUCAAAUCAGAGAAGCGCACUACUUUCUUAUCCAAUGAAAUCGCUUAGUUUUUGUCCAAUCAUGGAGUAGCCCGCCAUGUAUAAAUUAUAUUGCAAAACUUGUGCGUUAUUAUCCGUUAACCCCGAGUUACUGUUGCAUCGAAUCUCGAAGAUGGCACGUACAAAGCAAACUGCUCGUAAAUCAACUGGUGGAAAAGCUCCACGAAAACAGCUCGCCACAAAGGCAGCUCGUAAGAGCGCGCCCGCCACUGGUGGAGUCAAGAAACCUCAUCGUUACAGGCCUGGUACAGUCGCUCUUCGUGAGAUCCGUCGUUACCAGAAAUCGACCGAGCUGCUCAUUCGCAAGCUGCCCUUCCAGCGUCUUGUGCGAGAGAUCGCUCAAGACUUCAAGACCGAUCUGCGUUUCCAGAGCUCUGCUGUCAUGGCUCUUCAAGAAGCUAGCGAGGCUUACCUCGUUGGUCUCUUUGAAGACACCAACUUGUGCGCCAUCCAUGCCAAGCGCGUCACCAUCAUGCCUAAGGACAUUCAGUUGGCCCGCCGAAUCCGCGGAGAGCGAGCAUAAGUGAUUUGCUUGCACUACAAAACAAACGGCUCUUUUAGGAGCCACCACAUCAAUAAAAGCAAUAACCAACAAUUGAGUAUCAAUUGGAAAUCAAAGAUUAUUCGCCUCUCAAGUAUCUUAUUUUUUCUUUUUCGGGAAGGGUUUCGAGAGAACUGAGAAGCAGCGCAAAUGUGAAGGUUUUUCCUCUCUUCUUUUCUUUCUUAGUUCUUCUAGUUGCAGCCGCGACGGUAACACGCCGUUCUUUGCCGCUCGACACUGUUUGAUUUCCCACCACCAGAAAAAAUAACAGCUUGGGUUGGAACAUACAUGUCCCGACUUCCAUUGUGUAGGUUAGCUGGGAAAACAGUCGAUUUUAAAAUUUACCGGACCUUACUCUAACAAAAGCCCGAUUUUACAAAAUAUAAGAUAAAGCAAGAACAAUUGAUAGAAACUGACUAAACUAUAAGCGAAAUCGCGGGGUUAAUAAAUUUGGCGCAAAAAUUAUGCAAAUCUAAACGGCACCUUGGAGUUGAACAAAAUAUUCAGAUUUUACAACAAAUUCACAAGUGAAGUAACUUUGUAUAACUUUAAAUGUGCAUUUCAGCGUAUGAUGACAAACAUUUCACUUUAAUUUUUGUAGAUAAUGUCUAUUGCUUUAAAAGAUGAAGCAUACAACAAGUGCUUUUCGGUAAAUUGCGAGCAGUCUCUUCAGUCUUAUUUGUCUUACUCCACGCGAAGCGUAAGCUAUGCAGGCGAACGGUGAAAGGUGAAGCCACGAGUAGCAAUAAAUGAGGGCGUAAGCCAGAGAAGAAAAAAAAUAGGAGGCUGCUGACUCUUUUGUUCUGUCUGUAGACUACUGUAACGUCCUUGUAUGCCGGUUGUUUCGGAUCGCGCUGGCUGGGAUAAGAACAGGACGGAUUUUAAGAGAAAAGGUGGACUGCAAGGAGGCUCAGUUUUAAGAUGUGUAUACGGUAAAGUUAAGACAUUAUUGAGUUUGUUUUAAGAUGUUUGGCUUAAAUAAACGACUUCUGUCUUAAAAAUUUUUCUCACUCUACCUGUCAGGCCGUAAAUCUUCUCUUGAGGUGCUUAAAAUUGAAAAGGCAAAAAAACAAAAGGCGCCGAAGGCACCAGCUUUCGCAGUAAGCUCUUUUGAAUACAGUCGGUACACGUCAGGGGCACCCAACGACAAUUUUCGGAAAAUUACCUGUUCGGAAGACGAUUUGAGGUCUAGAAUUUUCGGAUCAUUUUCUGAAAAAUUGCUUGCUUGCCUGACUCUCCUAGGAUUUUCGAACUUCAAAAAAAUCGUAUCAUUGCCCAUUUUAACGGAUUUUUACCCCAAAAAGGUCACCUAGAAUUUUCGGGAGCCUUUUUUCUGGCUGAAAUUUUCGAAAAGGUAAAUUUUGAUCCCUAUAAUUUUUGGAUCGCUAUACUUUCAGCUAGGAAAUCCGAACAGAUGAAAAAUUUUUAGGGAAAAAACUAAGCCUUUAUCUACCGUUUAAAUACUAAAGUACGUUCAACAAUGCUAUGUGUCCUAUGUUUAUGUGGUUUUGAACUAUAUUCUCGUUGGGUGCCCCUGACACGUAAGCGGGAAACAGCUGUACUUAAGGCCGCCUUCACAAAAGCUCGUUUUUCUCAAUUCCCAUACAAACUCUGUAUUUUUACAUUCUCGUAAGCGGCCAGCCCAAGUUAUGGACACCAUUUUCGCGACCCGAGGGUUCCCGCUUACGAGAGCUUCCACUGCACUGAUAGGCUGCUCAUGGUGCAUAGAUGUUGUCCUAGUUGCUUUCAAAGAAAAGAAGUUAAAAUGUAUAAAAUGUAGUUAAAUGUCAAAAAUCUAGGUAAAAAUUCGAAGUACUGGCGUUCUUCUAUAGUCUGAAUGCCGAUUUACGAAGUAAAGUCGUUUCGACAGAAAGUAUAUCGCCUAUUUAAGUUAAAAUAGUUCUUCGACCCUUGGACACUCAGGGAUAAAACGUUGCAUAUCUCACUGCACAAUCGCGUUUAUCGAAAUAUCUUUUUAGACCUAAUGCUUGAAUCACUUAAAAGCUAAAUUUUACAGUUUACGCGAAAGUAUUGAAUGAAUUACUCAUUUCAUGUCACAAAACUUUGAGGAAACUAACACAGAAGUACACACGCCAUCUUGAUUUGCUGUUUCCACGGUGGUCCGCAUUGUGUUAUUAAAUCUCGAUCAUCUCGCUUAAAAUUCACAUUUUGAAAUCCUUGUUACGAGGGUAUCCUUCAGUCUUGCAACAUGGUUGAACCACCAAAGUCACCAGCUAAAAAGAAGCCAGCUGCGCCUAAAAAGCCAGCUGAGCAUCCACCAUACAUUGAUAUGAUCAAGGCUGCCAUUGUCGCUCUAAAAGAGCGAAAUGGUUCUUCUCGCCAAGCCAUCGAGAAGUACAUCAAAGCCAACUACAAGGUUGGUGAGGUCGGCUCACACUUGAAGAUGGCUCUCAAGAGAGGUGCUGCGAGUGGAAAGUUGAUACACACCAAAGGUGUUGGCGCAUCUGGCUCCUUCAAGGUCGCCAAGGCGGAAAAGAAGGAGAAGAAACCAGCGAAGCCAAAGAAGCCCGCCGCCAAGAAGGUAGCAAAGAAACCAGCGGCUAAAAAACCGGUAGCAAAGAAAGCAGCGGCUAAAAAGAAGCCAGCGAAGAAGACACCAAGUAAAAAACCCAAGAAAUCGGCAGCGAAAAAGCCGGCAGCAAAGAAACCAGCGGCCAAGAAACCUGCGAAGAAGACACCCGCAAAGAAACCUGCCGCUAAAAAGUCCGCCAAGAAAUCUGCCGCCAAAAAAUCUCCAGCUAAGAAGAAGUAA